GCCGCGGCGGCCGUCGUCACCGGCACACCCACCAACAACACGUCGUCGUCAUCGUCGUCCGUCGUCACCGCCGCCGACCUCUGUUCGUCCGACUGUUGGUCGCUAAUGGACACGUGCUGCGACGACAACUUAGACCUGUACGGUGGCCAGGUGCCGGCUGCCGUCGAACACCAGGACGUGCUGCUUCCCGCUGCGGCCGUCCACGCGGUGGCCGCCGCCGACUGCUGUCCGUUGCCGUCGUCCUCGUCGCAGGAUUACGGCAGCGUGUCCUCAGCAGCCGCGGCCGGGUCCACGUCACCCACCAACCUGUCGUGCGGACAGGCGUCCAUGUUCAGCGAGAUGCAAUCGGCCAUGUUCCGCAACCUCAUCGCUUCGUUAGAAUCAUAAUCGUUGUCGUUGUCGUCCUCCGACGACCAAGAAGGCGGUCGACAAACUUAACACACCGGAAUCUACUUUUUGUUUUCACUUAUUGGCUGCCUCUCCUAUUUUUUUUUGAUUAAACGUAUAUUUUAUUUCACAUCCCUUUUUAUUGUUUGACGCAAUCAUUUUAUUAUGUAUG